AAAAAUAAACCCAUAAAAAGUCAUUUUCUUUACUUUAUUUGGUUCUAUUUUAUCCACUCUCAACAAGAUUAGAGAUAUCUGGUCGGAAGAUGGAGAUGACCGGAGGAGACGAUAGAGAGAUGUACGGAGCUCUGGUGACGGCGCAGUCUUUAAGGUUGCAUCAUCGUCAUCAUUGCAGCGACAACCAGUGUACCUCUGUUCUCGUCAAAUACAUCAAAGCUCCUGUUCAUCUCGUUUGGUCACUUGUGCGGAGAUUUGAUCAGCCGCAGAAAUACAAACCAUUUAUAAGCAGAUGCACUGUUAAUGGUGAUCCUGAGAUCGGUUGUCUCAGACAAGUUAAUGUCAAAUCUGGUCUUCCUGCGACUACCAGUACCGAGAGAUUGGAACAGCUUGAUGAUGAAGAACACAUUCUCGGUAUCAACAUCAUUGGUGGUGAUCACAGACUUAAGAAUUACUCGUCGAUCUUGACUGUACAUCCGGAGAUGAUCGAUGGAAGGUCAGGAACUAUGGUGAUUGAGUCUUUUGUUGUGGAUGUUCCUCAAGGCAACACCAAAGAUGAUACAUGUUACUUCGUGGAAUCACUCAUAAAGUGUAACCUCAAAUCCUUGGCUUGUGUCUCUGAAAGAUUGGCUGCUCAGGACAUUACCAAUUCCAUCGCCACUUUCUGUAACACUUCCAAUGGAUACAGAGAGAAGAAUCAUACAGCAACCAACCUUUGAAGAUAUGGAGAGAAGUAACCUUUGGAGAUAUGGCUCGAUUAGUCCCACGUACAAACUCAGUGAAGGAAGAAAGAUCCAGUGCGUUUAGAAUCUUCCACUAAUAAAUUCUUUAGUCUGGUCAUUUAGGUAUAUAGAAGCAUGAUCACAUCAUGCUUCUCUGCUGCUUUGCUCAGAUCCACUCCAUAGGCCAUUUUCGAGCC